CAACCCGAGAUCUAUCAUUCGCUGAACUCUGUGCUAAUCAUAGUCUGUCGCAUAUCACUUCUUUUCCGGCCCGUGCGCGUUCUGUAUGACCAGUUGAGAAGAUAACAGUGAUAUUCCUUCUUACUCGACGACCAAACGAGCAGUCCAUCUUCCUCUACUGUCGAGUUUUCAUUCUAUUUUGAAGAUUUUGAGCUUGGUUGCCCUUUCAUCCUUCGAGACGCGACCUAUAGACACACAAAGAGGCAUCGCUAGCUGGUAGCCCGGUAUCAGUGUCGACUUCCUCAUGUCUCCUAGUGCCAACUCCGAAGACAAACAGUACGAUGGAGCUUCCAGGAGAUUAGUAUGGGUCAUAACAGGCACUUCAUCAGGGUUAGGCCGCUCACUAGUCCACGUUGCCCUCGCACGCGGAGACUGCGUUAUCGCAACCGCCCGAAGCGUCGAUAGUAUUCGUGAAAUUUUAAGCAAUCCAGAGACGAAGGAUAGAAUACACACCAUGAGUCUCGACGUCACCGCACCAUUCGCCUAUAUGCGCGAAUUAGCAUCGGAAGCGGUAGGAAGGUGGGGACGUGUCGACGUACUUGUGAAUAAUGCUGGUGUUGGGAUGCUUGGGAUAUCUGAGGAAGUUGGUGUCGAAGGCUAUCAAACGCAAUUCAAUACGAACUUCUUCGGGCCGAUGAACGUCACUCAUGCGUUCUUACCGUAUAUGCGGGCGCAAAGAGAAGGGACUAUCGUAUUCGUGGGGAGUCGCUCGUCGUGGAGAGCUAAUGUCCCCAUGCUUGGAACUUACGCUGCAUCAAAAGCAGCACUUAUAGCUGCCGCGGAAGCUCUCUCGACCGAAGUAGCACAAUUCAACAUCAAAGUGCUAAACGUCCUCCCAGGCGGGAUGCGUACACAAAACUGGAAAAAGAUGUCUCUCCUCCCGACGGCUCCCGAAGCGCUCUUACCAUCAAUCCCCAAAUCGGGAUCGCAGAAUUUCAAUGACAAAACACCAUCAGGGGCAGUUGCUACAGAAUCACCCUCCCUCACAAACUCACGGACUACUACCGAAGAGCAACACAUCGCAGACUACGCAGAGCUACGAACCCGCCAGAUCGAAUGGAUGGACUCCGUCGUGUGCAGCGGAGACGCAGAGAAAUGCGCACAUGCGAUAAUUAACUACGUCACCGACGACAAGUACGGUGUGAAGGGAUUGGCUAAUGAUGAUGUUGGUGGUGGGAGGGACUGGUCUACUCCAGGCUUACUGGUGCUAGGCGCGGAUGCUGAAGCGAACAUUAGGGAGAAGUGUAGCGCGGUUUUGACCCAUUUGGAUGAGUGGAGAGAUGUUGUGAGAGGAAUUGCGUUAGAUGAGUGAGUGGGAUUAGUGGAAGUACGCGAGGACUAGCAUG